UCUCUUCCGCCAUUCUUAAACCUCUGAAGCUCGUGUGAACUGAGAACCAAACGCUUUUGAAAUCAUGGGUAUCUCUCGUGAUUCAAUUCACAAGAGACGUGCCACUGGUGGUAAGCAAAAGAAGUGGAGGAAGAAGAGAAAGUAUGAGCUUGGAAGGCAACCAGCUAACACUAAGCUAUCAAGUAACAAGACAGUGAGGAGGAUCCGUGUGCGUGGUGGGAACGUAAAGUGGCGAGCUUUGAGGCUUGAUACAGGAAACUUCUCGUGGGGAAGCGAAACUGUGACCCGUAAGACCAGGAUCUUGGAUGUUGCUUACAAUGCAUCUAACAAUGAGCUUGUUCGUACACAAACUCUUGUAAAGAGUGCAAUUGUUCAAGUUGAUGCUGCCCCAUUCAAACAAUGGUAUCUCCAACAUUAUGGAGUUGAUAUUGGUCGUAAGAAGAAAGCUGCUGCAACCAAGAAAGAAGGAGAGGGAGGAGAUGCGGUAACCACUGAGGAAGUUAAGAAAAGCAAUCAUGUACAAAGGAAGCUUGAGAUGCGACAAGAAGACCGAGCAAUAGACUCUCACCUUGAAGAGCAAUUUAGUAGCGGAAGGUUGCUUGCUUGCAUCGCAUCAAGACCCGGACAAUGUGGCCGUGCUGAUGGGUACAUAUUGGAAGGGAAAGAGCUCGAAUUCUACAUGAAGAAACUUCAGAAGAAGAAGGGCAAGAAUGCUGGUGCUGCAUGAGAAACAGAUUUUUCAAUUUUGAAAGUUGCAAACCCUUUCUUUAUACCUUUGCGGAGUAUUUAAAGUUAUAUAGAGAAGAUAUUCAUGUCUUUUGGUUUUGAUCAUUAAUAGUCAAAUUUUGCAAA